AUGCUUUCCCCCUACUCACUACGAAUCCGGCCAACGUACGGGACAAAAUAUCCCGAACUCUUCAGCUAUGAGGUUGUUGAAACACCUGCCUCGAAAAACUUGUCUGAAGAGGAGGAAAAAUUCCACAGUAUGUGGCCAUCUCGAGGACAUACAGCUUAUAACCAACUCAAGAAAUUCCUCCUUGAAACAAUCAGCAAAUACGACAAUACGAGAAAACAAACUCCUCGGCCAAUGGCACGACUGCGUGGGACGCUGUCGGCGCAGAGAGUUGUUCGAGAAGCUGGCGAGGCUGUGCCUCAAAAGAAACUAACCGAUGACCGCAAACAAGGGACACUCCAUGUGGAUUUGGGGGAGUGGCAUGGCGAGACAUUUACAAACAUGUGCUCUGCCAUUGGCCAUAUGUUAGCUGACCGCAUUUUCAGCAUAAAGAAACCCAUUCAAGCCAGAAUGCUGUAA